AUGAUGAGCCGCCGCCGGCCACUCGCGUCGACGCCGGGCGAUAUGGAGCGCGCGACGCGAUCGUCGCGUCGCGUCGCGUCGCUCGCGCACCACCUCUCCCCCCCCUCCCCCUCCUCCUCCUCCGCAUCGCUCGUUCGAUCGCCGACGGCCGCGGCGUCCCCCUCCUCGAACGAUGCGAUCGCGACGAGUUCGAACGACGAGGACGAGGAUCCGGACGGCGUGCUCGCGCGCGCCUCGCCGUCGUCGUGGGCCAUCUCCACCGGCGGCGUCGUCGUCUCCCCCGAGGUCGCGGAAGCGCUCGCGGAUGGCCGCGCGGUCGUCGCGCUCGAGUCCACGAUCGUCUCGCACGGGAUGCCGUACCCGGAGAACCUCGCGAUGGCGAGGGAGGUGGAAGCGAUCGUCCGCGCGCGCGGCGCGACGCCGGCGACGAUCGCGAUCGUCGAAGGCGUCCCUCGCGUCGGCCUCCCGGACGCGGACCUCGCGAAGCUCGCGGAGUUGGGGCCGAGAGCCGCUAAAGUAUCGCGGCGGGACAUCGCCGCGUGCGUCGCCGCGAAGGCGACGGGCGCGACGACCGUCAGCGCGACGAUGCUGUUCGCGUCGAGAGUCGGCGUCUCCGUGUUCGUCACCGGCGGCAUCGGCGGCGUCCACCGCGGCGGCGAGAACUCCAUGGACGUCUCCUCAGAUCUGACGGAGAUCGGACGAACCCCCGUGGCGGUGAUAUGCGCGGGUGCGAAGAGCGUCCUGGACAUCCCGAAGACGCUGGAGGUUUUGGAAACGCACGGCGCCGCCGUCGUCGGGUACGGCGCGGAUGACUUCCCGGCGUUUUUCACGCGAAACAGCGGCUGCCGCGCGCCGACGAGGGUAGACACCCCCGCCGAGGCCGCCGCGCUGAUACUCGCGGGGAAGCGGCUCGGCCUCGGCGGCACCGUCUUCGGGGUGCCGAUCCCGGAGGAGGACGAGGCGAAGGGCGGCAAGGUAGAGGCCGCGAUCGGGAAGGCGCUGAGAGAGGCGGAGGCGAAAAACGUCAGAGGGAGGGACGUGACGCCGUUUCUCUUGAGACGCGUCCGGGAGCUCACGAAGGGCGCGAGCUUAGAGAGCAACAUCGCGCUUGUGAAGAACAACGCGCGGGUGGGGUCGGAGAUCGCGCUCGCGCUCACGGAGCUGGAGAAGCAGCCGAACCGGUAGGGCUACGUGCUGACAUCGUAGUCUAGUCUGCGCAGCGCGGAGGUACGGUAUCGCGCCUCCGUACGACUCGUAUUUCGGUUCGAAAGAAUCUCUCGU